GUCUCUGCUGCUCAGGAUUGUGAAGGGAGAAGUCCGGGAGGAAGAAAAUAACUCGGAGUAACCUUUGUGGGCCGAAGCCGACCCUCUUCGGGAGCUGGGCCCCUCCCACCAACCAGACGAGCUCCGCCCCCCUGCCCGCAUUGGCGUAUCAGGUGACCGCGGGCUGGCGCAGUCACGUGGCUGGGUGCGCCCGCCCGUUGUGGCCAUGGCGGCCGCAGGCUGCAGUGUGGCGAGGCGAGUGGAGGAACUCGGGGACCUGGCUCAGGCCCACAUACAACAGCUUAGCGAAGCCGCCGGCGAAGAUGAUCACUUUUUAAUUCGGGCCUCUGCAGCUCUAGAAAAAUUGAAACUUCUUUGUGGAGAAGACAAAGAAUGUUCAAAUCCAUCAGAUCUUCUAGAACUUUACACACAGGCUAUUUUGGACAUGACGUAUUUUGAGGAGAACAAGCUAGUAGAUGAAGAUUUUCCUGAAGAUUCUUCACAAAAAGUGAAAGAGCUAAUCAGUUUUCUUUCAGAACCAGAAAUUUUAGUUAAAGAAAAUAAUUUGCACCCAAAAAACUGCGAUUUGCUUGGGGACGAACUCCUGGAAUGUCUCUCCUGGAGACGAGGAGCCCUACUCUAUAUGUAUUGUCAUUCUCUGACCAAAAGGAGAGAGUGGCUCACAAGAAAAUCUAGUUUGCUUAAAAAGUACCUUGUUGAUGGAAUCAGUUACUUGCUACAGAUGCUAAAUUAUCGGUGUCCUAUUCAGUUAAAUGAAGGUGUUUCUUUCCAAGACCUAGACACAGCUAAAUUACUGAGUGAAGGAAUAUUUAGUGACAUUCAUUUGCUGGCUAUGAUGUACAGUGGAGAAAUGUGUUUUUGGGGAUUGAAGCAUUGUGCAGAUCAACAGCCAGAAAAUCAUGAAUUGGAUACUGGUGUUUCUGGAGCAAGUAACCCUACAUGCAAAGAACCCUUGGAUUUCCGAGAAGUAGGAGAAAAAAUUUUGAAAAAGUAUGUAUCUGUGUGCGAAGGACCCCUGAAAGAACAAGAAUGGAAUACGACAAAUGCAAAACAAAUCUUAAGCUUCUUUCAGCAUCACACUAACUAGUAAGUUCAUCUAGUCCUCUUCAGACAGGAAGACAAACAAACAAACAAAAAGACUCAUGAAAUGGAAGUUCCAGAAAAGAAGACAUAUUGAUAUUGAGUUUAAAAACAUUACAAUACAUGAAGAUAGCCAGCACAGUUACCCUUUUUUAAAUGCCGUCACCAUCUUUCACUAUAUACUCUUAAGCCUGUGAGGGAACGAUUCUUUAAUUUCUAAGUUGGCAUUUAUGUUAUUCUAACUACAGAUAUCCUGUAACUAAUACUAAGGAGGAAUCCAAUUCAUCUUUAUAAAGAUUUUUUCUUUUUAUUUUAGGUUAUUUUUUUUUUAUUGUGGUACAAUAUACAUAACAUAAAAUUGACUGUUUUAACCAUCUUUGGAUUACUUUUUAAUCUCCCUAUCUUGAAGUUUGCUAUACUUCAGAGAUUAAAAUCAAGUCCCCUCACUGCUUUGGAUAUAUGCUAUGGAUAUGAAAAUUGUCAUAAGGAAAAAUUAUGGCUAAUAUCCAGUUACCAUUUCUAGAACAAGGUAAAUGAUGAAACACUCCACAAAAUAAUUUUUGUUUAAUUAUUUUACCACAUAUUACUAAUGGCAUUUAAAAUUUUUUAGUGUAUUAGGCAUUUUAUAAACAUUUUUAAAUGAUUUUCCUAUUUUGUUUAAUAGAAUAUGCAUGGUUUAUUCAAUGUGUAAUGAAGAUAAAAUCAAGUUAGGUUAGUCUGCUAUUAGCUCAUGUAUCUUUAGGGCACAACUUUUCAUAUACUUUGAAAUUUUAAUAUUUUUUGUCUUUAAUAGUAGGGGUGAGUGACAAAGGUCAAGAGUCUAACCUGGUAUCUUACUUACAGUCUUUCUGUCUACCUCAAUUCUUAUUAUCAUCUUGGGAUGAUCCUCCUGAUACCUUGCCAAUAUCCUUGACCUCUGGGCCAUUGACUUCAUCACAUUCCAGGAGCUUAACCCCAAGGCCACACUAUCCUGAGUUUCUCUUUCUGAAUCUUAAAUUUCAAUGAUUGAUGACAAUUCUCAUCUUUCCAGCUUUUUACUUCCUCAUUUUUAUUGCUGUUUUUCUCUCUUAUUUCUUCUCUAUUUCUUUAGCUUCUUCAUAGCCUCCUUCUCUUGACUGCCUCCUUUUCUUCUAACCAUCAGCCUCUUUCAGAUUUUCUUCUUUCCCUAUCCAGCCUCGGCCUUAUGGGGCACCAUAUGAAGUGCUCUGCAAUCCCUUCAAACACAUCUUCCCCUUGUCCUUCAGCCUAAUCAUUCUGCAAGCCCUCAACAUUGAAUUAAUUCUAUCAUUCUGCCUUCUUUUCUGAGUUGCUGAGUUCCAUGUGAAGUUCCUGCAGCCCUUCAAAGUGGAAUGCUUUAAGUAUCUCACCUUCAGCUUUAGAUGAGCCCUCAAUGUAAGCCUUUUUGUAAGGUAAGGUAAUGUGAUGUAAGUCUGUUACCAGUGUGGCCCCCGUCCCUUUCCGACUGUGGCAUCUAACUUUGUCAUCAGUUUCCUCUGGCCCUCUGUCUCCUCCCCAGCGCGUGGCUCUUGGUUCUGUCUUACAGAAGAUAGAGACUGUGAGGAGGCAGCAUCUGUUUACCAGAAUUGCCCUACUCAUUUUCCCCCUUUUUAGAGAAAAAGAGAUAGCCUGCUUCGUGUUGCGGCUCAGUCUCCGUUUUUCCUCUCCUGGCUCCCUCGUUUCCCCUGGGGCUCCUCUUUUUUUUCCUGCCAAUAUCCUGUAGGUAUUGCUCUUUCCCAGAGUGCUAUCCUUUUUCUCUUUUUUCUCCCUCUUCUCCCCCUUUUCCUUCUUUUCUUUCCUCUUUUUUGCUUUUUCACUUACUCGAAAUACAGUCGACCCUUGAGCAACACAGAUUUGAACUACGUGGGUCUACUUAUUCGUGGGGUUUUUCCCAGUGGUGAAUACUCCAGCACUACACAAUCAGCGGUUGAUUACAUCUGCAGAUACAGAGGAAUCGCGGGUGUGAAGGGUCGACUAUAAAUUAUACUCAGAUUUUUUGACUGCCAAGAGGGUUGGACCCCUAACCCCUGAGUUGUUCAAAGGUCAGCUGGACUCUUAGGUGAUAUUAUUCAUAGCUAUGGCUUCUCCCACCUGUGAUGUUGGGCUGAUACCCAAACUGCAGUUUGAAUCCCAGCUACUCUUCUGCUCUCUAAACCUUUCUAACUGCCUGGUAAAAAUCUUCACUUGGACAUCCUGUAGUAAUUUUAAAUUCUACAUGUUCAAGCAGCUCAUCCUCAUCGUUCAUCUAAAAAUCUUUUGCAGUUCAUAUUUUCUCUUUUUUCGAUCUUUCACAAAGCAGGGCAACGCCGAACACUGCACCUGGUUUCUUCUGCUUGCCUUGCCAGCCCCAUCUCUGCAGUUCCUCCUGUGAGAUCAUAUUCUAGUCCAGUGUUCCUCAGGCUCCUUUCUGAUGAACAAAUAUUCUGAUAGAGCCUCUUGGGACAAGGAGAAUCUCUCCCUAUCUCUGUCUCCUUAUUUAUCACUACACAGUUAAGAUUUUUAUUUAACUUAGCUUUUGACAAGUUUUACUAUGAAAAUACCUUUGUGCUUUCUAAAUAUAAAGAUGUAAAUCGCAGACUGCCCACCCCCACGUCGCUCCUUUUGGAGCAUUGUAGUCAGUCACAAUUGUUUCAGUUGCUUCCCAAGUGUGCUGUGUCUUUUCCCUUGAUACCCUUCGCAGACCUCCUUACUUCUGCCUGGAAUGCUUUGCCCUUCAUUAUGGCCAAGUGACUACCCAUUUAUCCUUUAGGACUCAGCUUCAGUGAUGUUGUAUCCAUAAGACUUUUUCCAGCCUUUUUCAUUCAAAGCUACACGUUCCUUUGCUUCUGCUCCCUUAGUCUUCCCCUGCCAUGUUACUGCUUUAUAGUCAUUUUUCUUAUGAAUUGGCAAACUCCAUGUUUUAAAAAUUUAUCUUUAUACAUAGUGCUUACUGAACGGUAGGCUCUUAGUAAUGUUUUUGAAUUAAUAAGAGAUAUGAUUCUAAAGUGCUGUACUCUGCACAGAACGGUUACUGCCACUGGAUUCCAAACUGCCAUGCCCUUUAUACCACUGGCUGACAAAGCGAACAGGGAAUUACUCCACAGAGGAGUGAAGUAUUACUUAAAUUUUGAACCUGAGAAAAUGAGAGAACUUUCUCUUCAGAAGCUGGGAACUCCCAUUUUGCCAUCACGACCCUUGUGAACCACUUGGGUCUCUCCCUGUUUGGUACACUGAUGAGGGUACUUUUGGGUGCUUUUUGUACAACUUUUUCAUCUCCCACACAAUUGGAGAAUAAUUUGUAGACUAUAACAGCUAUAGUGCUUUUUUACUCUGAUGUAUUACAAAACAAUGAACAACACUUUGUGUGUGUUAAAGCCUGCUAAAUAAAUUCUGUUUUAUUUAGAAUGGAUUAAUGUCAAGAUUCCAAAUACUUCACAUAAAGAAAGUACUGUAAUUCACACAUCAUCAAAGUACUAUAAUUCACUUAUCAAGUAUGACGUGCCUACUGCAUGCCAGGUUUUAUCCUAGGCAUUGAGGAUAUAGCUUUGUAAAACACCAGAGUUUGUAUUCUAGUGGAGGAAUUUAAUACACUUUAAGAAAUAAGUGUGCAGCAUGUUAAGUGAUGAGUACUAUGAAGAAUAAAGCAGGGCAGUGGAGUGAGUGUGGCUCUGGAACGGGGCUCUGUUUUAUUUAGGGUGGUUGGGAAGGCACCUGUAGGCACCUGUCUACUUGGGCAUUUGUGUCUUCAGAUUCCACCCCUUUGAUUAAAUAUCAUUAAGUGUGCCAUUGCACAUUUAGUAUGUUCAUGAAAUUUCUCUUUCUUAUGGAAGUUCUAAUGCUGAAUUAAAGAAUGAAUCACUACCUAGGAACUUCUUAUUUUGAUCGCAUUUAAAGAGUGUCUCUCCAGUAUGGUCUUUGCUAGUGGGUAAGUGAUAACCUAAAGGCAUUGUAGCAUUUAUUACACUUGGAGUUUCUAUUUUGAGUUCUCUGAUGGUUACAAAAACUUAACUCUGUUAAAGGAUUUUUCCUAGUCCUUAAAUUUGUAUGCUUCUUUUCCAGUAUGAAUUUUCUCAGAUUAACUAGGCUUUGAGACUUAGUUAAAGGCUUAUCUGCUUUGCUGCAUUUAUAGGGUGUCUGGCUACCAUGAAUUGUUUGAUGCUGAUGAAAGUUUAGAUCCUGACUGAAGAUUUUCUCUUAUUUCUUCGCAUACAGUAGAGUGAGGUGAGAGUCAUACCUGAAAUCCCACAAUAAAAUUUACAUUCCUACCUUUACAAGUUUAUUAAAGUUGGAACUGUCUCUAAAGGCAUUCUCAGAUUCAUUUUAAUGCCAUUAAAAAAAACCAACAAAACCCACUGCUGGCUGAUGUGCUAGUUUUAGAUUGCUUGUCACUUUUCUCUCUUCACCUUCCAGAGCUGCUCUUCUGGUUCCCAUAAGGAUACCCCUUUUGCCACAGAAUCCAGGAUUCUCUAGUUCUCUAGUAUCACCUUCUUAACAGUAUUUUUUUUUAACACAAUAUGAGUUACCAUGUUAUGGAAGUACUACAUUAACAUACACUUGAUGUAUCCACCGUUAAAGUAUGCAUUAUGUUUUUGUGCUCCUGUUCCUUACUGUUCUUGGUUUUCUUACUUCUAGUGAAAAUUUCCAAGUAAAAUGUUUUGGAGUAUAUAAACUUUUUUUUUUAAAUAAAACCAUAUUCCUAUGUUU